AUGGCUAUUGUUUUGCGUUAUGUCGAUAGUCUUGGCUUUGUCAAAGAAAGAUUCAUAGGAAUAGUGCACGUGAAGGAUACGUCUUCUUUGACCCUCAAAAAUGCCAUAAAUGAAGUACUUACAAGUAAUAAGUUGAGUUUUAGUCAGAUAAGAGGACAAGGUUACGAUGGGGCUAGCAAUAUGCGAGGGGAAUUCAAUGGUUUGAAAGCUUUGAUAUUACAAGAGAAUGACACAGCUUUUUAUGUACAUUGCUUUGCACACCAACUUCAACUAGUAGUUGUGGCUGUAGCAAAGAAGGAUGAUGGUGUUAGUGACUUUUUUGAGCAAAUUUCGUUGGUGGUUAAUGUUGUUUGUGCCUCGUGUAAAAGAAAAGACUUACUACGAGAACAAGCAAGAGAAAGGGUGCAAAAAGGCUUGUGUAGUGGUGAUCUUGAAACAGGAAGAGGGUUAAAUCAAGAGACCACACUUAUUCGAGCGGGAGAAACAAGAUGGGGUUCACAUUUCAACACACUCACAAGUUUGAUGAAGUUGUUUGCGGAUGUUCUUGUAGUUUUAGAUUUUGUGAAAGAGGAGGGAGGCACAUUGGCAAACCGUCAACAAGCAUCUGGAAUCUUAGCAUAUUUUAAAUCAUAUGAGUUCGUGUUUUACUUACAUACGAUGUAUGACAUUUUACACCUCACGGGUACAUUGUCAAAGCAACUUCAAAGAAAAGAUCUAGACAUUUUGGAAGCGGCUUCGAUGUUGUAUAUUGGUGCGAGAAACCGUAGGACUACAAAGACUAAUAGGUUUCAUUUUGAGGUUGAAAUCUUCAACACGGUGGUAGAUAUGCAACUUACAGAAUAUCGGGAUCGAUUUAGUGAAACAAGCACCCAAUUACUAAAAUACAUGGCUGCUUUGAGCCCUUGUGAUUCAUUUGCACAAUUUGACAAAUCAAAGUUAUUGAAAUUGGGUAAGUUAUACAAGUAUGACUUUGAUGAUUCAGAUAUGAUAGACCUCGAAGGACAACUUGAGAUAUUUUAUCACUCUUGCAUUAAAGAUGAGCGUUUCACUAGUUUGAAAGGAAUUUCCGACCUUUCUCGUUUGAUGGUUAGUACAGGGAAGCAUCGGUCUUAUCCUUUGGUUUAUAAGCUUUUAAAGUUGGCUGUGAUAUUACCCGUAGCGACCGCAAGUGUAGAAAGAUGUUUUUUAAAGUUGAAGCUCUUGAAGACAGACUUGCGUAGCAAAAUUGGCGAUGAAUUUUUGAACGACACAUUGCUUUGUAAUGUCGAGACGGAAGCACUUACGAAAGUUGAGGAUGAAAAAGUAAUGGAGCAAUUUCAAAAGAUGUAUGCACGUAGAUGA